GGAUGGGAGGCAGAGGGCUCCACACACACACACACACACACACACUGAGCUGGUGCCAAAUGUGGUGUAACCCCCCAAUAGAAGAGAGAGAGUGUGUGAGUGUGUGUGUGUGUCCUCUUGGCAGGCGGUGAGAGGAGUGAGUGUGUGAGUGUGUGUGUGUUCCAUACAUCAUCCCAGCGAGAGAGCAGAGAGGAGGAGAGAGACAACUUCACCCUAAGCGGCGCGCACAGUCCAGCAGGAGAGCGCGCAGCGUGCACACACCCGUGGUCCGCGCUCGUCUGUGUGCGGGUUUGAUUCCGAGAAGAGGAAGAGAAGCGGAAAGUUAUUCCGAGUGGGGAUGCAUCUGUGAGCUGACUUCCACCAAAGUGUCGGGACUUCGUCAGCGGUUGCGUUCAAGUGGAUGAUAAUAUUAUUCCGAAGAAUAUUAUCACGGGGAGUGCGUGCGCACAAGGAUCCGGGCUCGAUUGCACGCGACCGGCAGGAGCAAACUACAGCAUGAUUGUGCUUUAUCUCAUCUUUUGCCUUAUGGCCACUGUCGCCACACGAGCAGCCUACUUCUCCCAGCAGCCUCAGGACCAGGUGGUGGUGUCGGGGCAGUCCGUCACUCUACCAUGCGUCAUUGUGGGCUACCGGGGUAUGGUGCAGUGGACCAAAGAUGGACUGGCGUUGGGUGGUGAGAGAGACCUACCAGGCUGGACGCGCUACUCCUUAAUGGGCGACCCGCUAUCAGGCGAGCACAGCUUGCUGAUCGAUUCGGCAGAGCUGGUGGAUGAUGCCGUGUACGAAUGUCAGGCAACACAGGCGGGCCUGCGCUCCCACCGUGCCAAGCUCACUGUGCAAGUCCCUCCCUUGGAUCCCGUAGUGGAGGGCGGUCCUGUCGUGCGUCUUAAAGCACACACGCCAUACAACCUCACCUGCAGAUCCUCGGGGGCCAAACCGGCCGCUGAGAUCACCUGGUACAGAGAUGGCGAAGUCAUGGACACAACCAUUUACUCCAAGACACUGAUGGAGGAUGGGAAGAGGGAGGCAGCUGUCAGUAUGCUUCCAAUCAUCCCGGAGGACAGCGACUCCGGCCGCACCUACACCUGCAGGGUUCUUAACCCAGCUGCCCCUGCUGGGAGACAGACAUCCAUCACUAUCAAUGUCCAACACCCUCCUGCGGUGGUUUUAUCAGUGCAGCCUCAGACGGUGACCGAGGGCGCCAAAGUGCUUUUCAUAUGCACUGCUUCAGCCAAUCCAGAAAUCACCGGCUACAGGUGGUCUAAAGGAGGAGUACCCAUCUCCGAGGCAAACGGGGACAGCCUUGAGGUGACGGUGGACUACUCGUACUUCACAGACCCAGUUUCCUGUGAGGUGUCCAACUCUGUCGGCAGCACCAACGUUAGCACCCUGGUUGAUGUUCAAUUUGGCCCCAGAUUGCUGUCAGGGCCCAAGCCAAUGACGAUGGACAUUGGCAUGGAUGCAGCCUUCACAUGCACAUGGACUGGAAACCCUCCUUUGACCCUGGCCUGGACCAAGCAGGGCUCAAGCGAGGUGCUUAGCAACAGUAACACCUUGCAGCUGAAAGCCGUAACGCAGGCGGAUGCUGGGACUUACACCUGCAAGGCCAUCGUACCUCGAAUCGGAGUUGCAGAACGAGAAGCCACCCUGACUGUAAACGGCCCACCUAUUAUCACAGCAGAGGCCACACAGCAUGCAGUCAAGCACUCCAAGGGCAAGCUGGAGUGCCGGGUGGGAAGCAGCCCGCCGCCUUAUAUGAUUGUAUGGUCGUUUGGAGACAUCAGCCUUUCCUCCGGUUCCUCUGGUCGAUACUCGGUACAGACCGUGACCAGCGACCAAGGAGUCGUGUCUUCUCUGGUGCUGUCCGAGGCGCUGGCGCCAGAUUUUGAGCUGCGCUACAACUGUACUGCUUGGAACAACUUUGGCACUGGCACCGCCUUGGUCGCCCUGAAGGAGCAAGAAGCCCCGCCUAUGUUGUUAAUUGUUGGCGGCUCCGUCGGCGGAGGCAGCGUCCUGCUCAUCUGUGUCAUCGCGCUCGUCUCCAUCUGCUGCAGGCACACUGGCAAAGGUGAGCUCAACGGCAAAAGGUGCACGCGCCUCUCCAAGAGCGACAUCAGAGUUCAAAUAGUUCACAGCGACCACAACGCCACACGCGGCAAUGACGACGAGGAGGACGUCAAGGAGCCGAUGGCGCCAAACAGCAGCGAGUCUCCUGGGACAUCUCGCACAGAACACAGCGACCUCUUGGAAGAGGAGGACGACGAGAGAUCGGACAUCAAGGACCCCACAAACGGCUACUACAACGUACGAGGCCAUGAAGACCGCCACAUCCGCGGCAGUGGCUUCUCGGAGUACGUGCCCAACCCCCGGCCCGUCUACACGCCGUCACAGCUGCCCUCCCCGAGCCCCAUGUACAGCCAGCAUGGCACCCAGCCACGGAUCUACGACUUUGCUCACCGAUAUGCCGCCAACACAGUCACCCAGUCUGCUUACGAGCAGCAGCCCGCCGCCCAGCAGCAACCCACUCAACCCGCCACCAUUUACCCCACCGACCCGCUCUACAGCGGCACCGCUUACUUGCCCGCCACCUACGGCCGCGCCUUCACCAAUUACGUCAAGCCCGCCUCCUACGAGAAAGUGGACGCCUUCGACCAGUCGGACCAAGGCAGCAAGGUGUCCAGCUCAUCCCGCUUCUCUUACGCCUCGUCACAAGUGUCCUCCCAGCAGUCGGACUACGGCCGACCCUCACAACGUAUGCAGACGCACGUUUGAUUAAACAAGAAGUAUCUAACACUAACAAGAACAGAGACGUUCUUAACUUUUGGACAUGUCGGUGCGGGAUCAAACAAAGCUGGAGAUUUCAGCAGAUUGUGAUGUUCAGGUGGAACUUGUAAUUCCAGAGUGGUAUCUUUUCACGAUCCAAACAUCCGGAGAUGUUUGCUCGGCGGACACCUCAACAGUUGACCGUGGUACAGACUAGCUGCAUUCAAGAGUCUUCUUGCAGUUUUUUGCAGCCUGAGACAAACAUCAGCAACAACAAAAAAUGUUUCCUGCUGUUUUUGGUUGGCAUGCGCAAGGAAUUUGAAGCACAUUUGUGUGUCCGUUAUGAAUAAAAGACUGCCAGAGUAACAAACUAACCUGCACAACAGUGGAAUACUUUAACCUGAACUGGAUACUGAAAAACAAACCUGGACUUGCGGACAAAAUAAAUAGUUUGAAGGGGGGAGCGCGAGCCUUGAUUUCAAUUAAAAGACAAUGUGUGGAACAAGAAGGCCAUAGAAACCCAAAGAUGGUGAUUAUUUUACAGGGAGAAAUGUGGGUACUACAUUCCUUGCCCUGGUACUACACUUUUUUUUUUUUUUAUACAGUGUUUUGUGACUGAGAGGGGUAAAAGUAGGGUAUUACCAGAACAAUCAAGUGUGGUAGUUUGGAACAAGGUGGCAAUCUUGAGCUAAACUUGAAUGCGGCGUCAGCAUACUCGACAGUCCUUAAGCGGACGUUUUGCAACUCAAUCAAACGGUCUCAAAAAUGUUUACAAGACGCAGUACUACCCUGGAAAAAAAUCUCUGUACAAAUGGCCGAACCCAUGUUUUUUCUCUGUUGCAUGCAAUCAAUAUGUCUAGUGAAAACCUUCGCUUUUAAGAUUCAUGUUCAUGUUAAAAUAUCUGGGGUCUCAUCUAUAAGACUAUGCAUAGAAUUCUGACUAGAAGCUAGGGUUGUGCCGAUCAUCGGGGGCGGCAUGGCAUAGUGGGUAGAGCGGCCGUGCCAGAAACCUGAGGGUUGCAGGUUCGCUUCCCACCUAUUGACAUCCAAAUCGCUGCCGUUGUGUCCUUGGGCAGGACACUUCACCCUUUGCCCCCGGUGCCGCUCACACUUGUGAAUGAAUGAUGAAUGAAUGAUUGGUGGUGGUCGGAGGGGCCGUGGGCGCAAACUGGCAGCCAUGCUUCCAGGGCAGCUGUGGCUACAGAUGUAGCUUACCACCACCAGGUGUGAAUGAAUGAUGGGUUCCCACUUCUCUGUGAGCGCUUUGAGUAUCUAACAAUAGAAAAGUGUGAUACAAAUCGAAUCCAUUAUAUUAUUAUCUAGGAGUGGAAUCGGUGUAUACCAAUCACAGAACAUUUUCCAAUGUAUUUAUGAUAAGUGCUAUUGACAGUUACCUGUAUCAACACAAUAGUUACGUAUUCUCUUUCUCAGUGUGAAAUAUGUAUGUUCAGCCUCCUCCUCCAGUAAUUAAUUAUACUUAAUGAUACAAUAAAAGGGCUUCACGGUGGAAGAGGGGUUAGUGCGUCUGCCUCACAAUACGAAGUAGUCAGGUUUCAAUCCCGGGCUCGGGAUCUUUCUGUGUGGAGUUUGCAUGUUCUCCCCGUGAAUGCGUGGGCUUCCUCCCACUUCCAAAGACAUGCACCUGGGGAUAGGUUGAUUGGCAACAUUAAAUUGGCCCGUGUGUGAAUGUGAGUGUGAAUGUUGUCUGUCUAUCUGUGUAGGCCCUGCGAUGAGGUGGCGACUUGUCCAGGGUGUACUCUGCCUUCUGCCCGAUUGCAGCUGAGAUAGGCACCAAGGCCCCCCGCGAUCCCAAAGGGAAUAAGCGGUAGAAAAUGGAUGGAUGGAUGGAUACAAUAAAAUGCAGUAUAUUUGCCUUUAUGGAGGUAUUUUUGUUAGCUUAGAGGAGAGGCUUAUAGAGACAUAGUUAGCUGCUGGCCGCUUAUCAGCUGGGGAACUAUAAACAAACAGUAUCAGUCAGAGGGGAUCUGCAAUAGAAUGCAUAAAAUGGGCAAUGGCCAUAACAUACUUUUUCACGAAAAUCGGCCGAUACUGAUCGGUACAUCCCUAUUAAAAGCCUUCCAUUCCAAUAAAUAGUUGUGUUUUUAUAGCUCAUUAAAAACCCAGUUCGAAACUUUUCGGCCAUGUUUGGUACGAACGUAAGCUUUAUAGAUGAGACCGGUUGGAUUCUUCAUUGUGGAUGUUUCAGUAUGGAUGCCUGUACUGCCAUUUGCCGCUUGUUGCCAGGCAGCCUGACAACAGAACAAAUUACACGAAAUAUUGAGGAGGCAAACAUCAUCGCUUGUCUUUAUUUUUAUAUUUUAUAUAAGCCUUAAUGUACAGUGUGUAAGCCGCUCUAUUGUAAAGUAUCUUUAUAUAUUAUGCAUUUUGGUUGACUUCAUUUGGAUCCACACAUUUUCUUGCUUAGUUUAUCAAUCAUUCAAUGUUGUUUUUUUGGAUCACAACUAAUUGCUCGUCCAUUCUUUUUAAAUAACGUAUUAAGAAUUUUAUUUGCUACAAAUGAGCUACCAUUUGCUUGUAUCUUUGUACACAUAUUUAUAUUUAAAUAAAAACAUUUCCGAUAAAAAAUAAAAAGAAGCGCUUUG